AUGAGCAACGUAGAAUUAGCAAUAACACUUAAAAAUCAAGGUAACGAAGCUUACAAGGCUAGGAACUUUGAAGAGGCUGAAAAGCUUUACACACAGGCUUAUGAACAAGACGAAACUAAUUUAAUGAUACUUUUCAAUCUAGCAGCAGUGUACAUGGAACAAAAACGAUACGAUGAAGGUAUUGAAGUUCUUAACAAGGCUUUAGAAAAGCGUCUCGAAGUAAGAUUACCAUAUACUCAAGUGGCUAAGCUACACGAGAGAUUAGCUAAAAUAUACUUGGCAAUAGAAAACUAUGACGAAGCUAUACAAUGUUAUAAAAACGCUUUGCUUGAAGUUCAAGACAAGAAAUAUCGCUUAGCUUUAAAAGAAAUAGAACGUCUUCGAGAUGAGAUAGCUCGGAAGGAAUACAUAAAUCCUGAAAUUGCUGAACAACACAAGCUAAAAGGUAAUGAAUAUUUCAAGGUUAAAGAUUUUCCAGCAGCGAAAGCAGAAUACGAUGAAGCAAUAAAGAGAAAUCCACAAGACCCAAAACUUUACAGUAACAGGGCUGCAGCUUUUUCAAGCUUACUUGAAUUUCCAUGUGCAUUAAAAGAUUGCGAAAAAGCUUUAGAAUUAGACCCCAAUUUUGUUAAAGCUUAUAGCCGCAAAGGGUACUGUUACUUACAAAUGAAGAAUUAUAAAAAAGCUAAAGAGGCUUAUUCAGCUGGUUUAAGGAUUGAUUCGAAUAGUAAUGAAUGUAAAGCAGGACUUCAAAACGUACAAAUGGCGAUCAUGCAACAGAUGUACGAAAAACCUAGUGAAGAACAAAUGGCUAGAGCCAUGGCUGACCCAGAAGUUUCAGCUAUUAUAAACGAUCCACAAAUGCAAAUGAUUUUGAAAUCUAUCAGCGAAUCCCCGGCCAAGAUUGCUCAAUAUAUGGCUGAUCCUAAAAUAAGCGGUGCUAUUGAAACGCUGAUUUCAGCUGGAGUUCUUCGUUUCGGAUCUCCAGAAUCAACGAAUUAG